AUGAUUCUCUCUUCGAUGCGGCUGUUCAACAAAUUCCACGCCGUAUGCGCCUUGGCUGUGUGCAGUAUCCUUCUCUCGGCAUGGCUUCUCGCUUCGCAACAUUACUACCGCCGAGCGAUCUCGACCGACGCUGAAUAUGGCUUCCGCACCGUGAAGACGUUCGACCGGAGAUUGGUGGUAUUUGGCGAUUCGUGGAGUGAUGAUGGAAAUGGAGGCGUCGACGACCAAGGGUCCGUGUGGACGUUUUCGUGUCACCAUGAGAAUCUGGCAAAGACAGCCCAGUCGCUCCGCGGCACUCAGAUUGGCUCGGUCGUAGACAACGCCGAGCUAUCAGGCAUCUUGCUCAGUUUGUCCAAGUCGCCGGUGGCGGAUUUCAAAACGCAGGUGAACCGAUGGACGGCUGCGGAGUCCCAGGUAUUGGAGGAAUUGGCCGGCGACGAAGACGCAAUCAGCAGCCGCAUGAAUCAUACCAUAGUGACCGUUUCCUUCGGCGUGUGGGAUAUCUGGAACAUGAUCGGGAAGGACCACGACAUUGCCUUCAAAUCGGUCGAUCACUGCGUGGAGACGAUUAUGGACCAGCUGGACUCGUUGUCUCGGGCCUUGGGCACGGACGAUCUGAAGGUCAUUCUGACGCUGGCGCCGGAUGUGACCUUCCUUCCCGCAUUCAAGGAUGCAGCGGAGCAGCGUGUCACUCGCCACAAGGAUACCGUGUUGGUCACCGAUUACUGGAACCAAAAGCUCCGGGAAUCGGCCGAAAAAUGGGACCACGGCCUGAUCUACCUCUUCGACACCAAUGCCUUCUUGGUGGAUUUGAUCCGGGAUCGGCAGCUUUAUGACGCCGGCAUUGAGGAGCCCAAUGGACUGGGCAAGAACGUUGACCCCGGAUGGGAAAACGUCGACGACUCCUGCGUCACGCAGGCAGCGAUGACAUCAGAGGUCAAGCGAUGUGACAACCCGGAGACCUAUCUCUUCUGGAACGAUAUGCAUCUGGGCCCAUCGGCCCACCGACUCAUGGGCACAGAAGUGUACCAAGGAAUUGAGAAGAUGUGGAUCAAGUAA